AUGUCUGCUGCCAGCUGUCUGCGAUCUGAAGAUCAGUUUCUGUGCUGCAUCUGUCUGGAUGUGUUCACUGAUCCAGUCACCACACCAUGUGGACACAACUUCUGUAAAAACUGCAUCACUGAACACUGGAACAGUAAUGACCAGUACCUGUGUCCCAUGUGUAACAAGGUUUUCAACACAAGACCUGAGCUUCACGUCAACACUUUCAUCUCUGAGAUGGUUUCUCAGUUCAGACAGGAAGCUCAACAGAAAGCCAGCAGCAGCUCAGAGCAACAAGCUGCCAAACCAGGAGAAGUUCCCUGUGACAUCUGUACUGGAACCAAACUGAAGGCCCUGAAGUCCUGUCUGGUGUGUCUGACCUCCUACUGUGAGACUCACCUGGAGCCUCAUCUGACAAUAUCACGCCUGAAAAGACAUCAGCUGAUGGACCCUGUGGAGAACCUGGAAGACAGGAUGUGUAUGAAGCACGAUAAACCUCUGGAGCUGUUCUGUAAGACCGACCAGACAUGUGUCUGCAUGCUCUGCUCUGUUUUAGACCACAAGACACAUGAGUUUGUUCCUCUGAAAGAAGAAUAUGAAGGAAAGAAGGCAGAGCUGGGGAAGACAGAGGCUGAAAUUCAGCAGAUGAUCCAGAAGAGACGACUGAAGAUUCAAGAGAUCAAACACUCAGUUGACCUCAGUAAGGAAGAUGCAGACAGAGAGAAAGCAGAAGGUGUUCAGGUCUUCACCGCUCUGAAGGAGUCUGUUGAGAGAAGCCUGAAUGAGCUCAUUGAGAUGAUUGAAGAGAAGCAAAGAACGACAGAGAAACAGGCUGAAGACUUCAUCAAAGAGCUGGAACAGGAAAUCUCUGAGCUGAUGAAGAGAAACUCUGAGGUGAAGCAGCUCUCACGCUCUGAAGACCACCUCCACCUCCUCCAAAACUUCCCGUCCCUGAAAGCUGCUCUACCCACCAAGAACUGGACAGACGUCAGCGUCCAUCCAUCAUAUGAGGGGACUGUGGUGAGAGCUGUGACUCAGCUGGAGGAGACGCUCAGUAAAGAGAUGAAGAAGCUGGUUGAGGCUGAGCUGAAGAGGGUCCAGCAGUAUGCAGUGGAUGUGACUCUUGAUCCUGAUACAGCACAUCGUAAACUCAUCCUGUCUGAUGAUGAGAAACAAGUAAAUCAUGGUGAUGUGAAGAAGAAUCUCCCAAACAACCCAGAGAGAUUCUCUUACUGUGUUUGUGUUUUAGGAAAGCAGAGUUUCUCUUCAGGCAGAUUUUACUUUGAGGUUCAGGUUAAAGGGAAGACUGAAUGGGAUUUAGGAGUGGUCAGAGAGUCGAUCAACAGGAAGGGAAAAAUCACACCAAGACCUCAGGAUGGUUACUGGACUAUAUGGUUGAGAAAUGGAAAUGAGUACAAAGCUCUCACUGGUCCUUCAGUCCGUCUCUCACUGAAGUCUCAGCCUCAGAAGGUGGGGGUGUUUGUGGAUUAUGAGGAGGGUCUGGCCUCCUUUUAUGACGUAGAUGCUGCAGCUCUUAUCUACUCCUUUACUGGCUGCUCCUUCACUGAGAAACUCUACCCAUUCUUCAGUCCCUGUCCUAAUGAUGGUGGUAAAAACUCCGCCCCUCUGAUCAUCUGUCCUGUCAAUCAAACUGAGUAGAGUAAUCACCUGUUUUAUGUCAUAAAAUGUGUCUUUGUUUUUGAAGAGAGUAAAUAUACAAACACAUUCUUGUUUAUUAUGAGAAAAACACAAACUAGGAUUUCUAUCUAAAAUUAAAUCUCUAUUUAAACAUCUGAUCAAAUCCGGGAUUUUAUCGUUCUAGUGUUGACUUUUGUCAAUAAACCGAAAACUAAACCCUACAUCAUGAAAUAGUUAGCUAUUAGCUUAGCUUACUAACAUUUCUAAUAUAAAUGAUCCAAUUAAAUCAAGUGGAUAUCUUUCACCGUUACAGUCUUUUUAGUGCCAAAGUUCCUCUUUUUGUUACUAUACUUCCACCGCAGCUCAACAGGGAAACACUGUCCGAGGAAACACAAAGAGGGAAUUUGAUGCUAAAAAGAUUUUCGGGUCAGUGGUUACGGUCCAGGAAAUGAAUGUAAGUCUAUGUAAUGUCCCCAAAAGUGACCACUGUGUGUGUAUGUGUGUGUG